CCACACACAGACUUCAACUCCUCCUCCCCUGUGCUGCAUUUUUCCAACACUUACAUUGUAGGAUAUGGUACUUUUCUGAAUUCUGGAUCUGCCUUUUUACAGUUGGAGUUUGAGUUGGAGCUUGCUUUCCAGUUUUUGUUGUUUUUUUUUGCAUCAUGGCUGUGCAAAACAAAAACAAGGUGAAAGAUCAUCCAGUUAGGUCAAAAGCACAAAGAAGGAAGCCACAACAGUCUCAUUCAAAUUCAUCUUCAUCGCAAGAAGAAGGGGCAGAAGAGACAGAGCAAAGGGUUAGGAAGAGACACACACAUGGGCCAGGUCCUGUGGGCAGAGCAAAAAGCACACAUCACAAGAGUUCAGAGAACCAACAAGGCUUGCUCUUUAAUUUGGGCCUUACCAGAGCAUCUGAUCUAAAGGCCUGGUCUAUUUUGCUUAUGGCUGUGUUGGCUGGAGCUUUGCAUUGGGGCCACUUAUCUACUCUUUUUGAAAAUGACCGGCAUUUUUCUCACCUUUCAACGCUGGAAAGGGAAAUGGCAUUUCGCACGGAAAUGGGACUUUAUUACUCCUACUUCAAGACGGUUACUGAAGCUCCUUCAUAUGUUUCUGGCCUGCUGAUGAUUAUGAAUGACAAUGUUACAGAGUACCCAAAUGUAAUAAACACAUUGAAAAGGUUCAACCUGUACCCGGAGGUCAUUUUGGCCCACUGGUACCGCGUAUAUACAAAGAGCAUGAAUCUCAUUGGAAUUGAAACAAAGACUUGCUGGAAGGUUAACCGUGGAGAACAUCUCUCUCCAGUUUAUAGCUGUGAAGGCUUAGGAGAUCCAGCUUACUUUUAUGUCACAUUGAUAUUUAUUUUGAAUGGAGCAAUGAUGUCAGGAUUCUUUAUUUAUGGAACAUAUCUGAGUGGCAGUCGAAUUGGAGGCAUUAUCACUGUCCUGUGCUACUUUUUUAAUCAUGGUGAAUGCACUCGUGUAAUGUGGACCCCCCCUCUCCGUGAGAGCUUUUCCUAUCCAUUUCUUGUGUUGCAGAUGUUUCUUUUGACGUACAUUCUCAGGACACCAAAUAUUAGUAGAAGAAGUUUGUUUGCACUUUCUUUGUCCACUAUUUGCUUUAUGCUUCCAUGGCAGUUCGCUCAGUUUGUUCUCUUAACACAGAUAUCCUCAUUAUUUGUUAUAUACGUUGUUGGCUAUAUAGACUCAGACAAAUUUUUGAAAAUCUUGUAUACACAUAUGGUGUCUUUGGCUAUUUGCUUUGUCCUGAUGUUUGGAAACUCUAUGCUGCUUACAUCCUACUACGCCUCUUCCUUAGUAGUGAUUUGUGUGAUUGUACUGAGCAAAGAAGUGUUCCUUAAAUUAGAGGCGAAUGAACUUGUUCAUUGGAUAUUACAAGUGCUGACAUGGAUCAUUAGUUCAGUUUGCUUGAAGGCUAUCACAUCAGCAUUGCUGGGAGUUAAAGAUGAUGCUCAUAUAAGCAACCUGCUAAAAUCCAAGUUUACCAAUUACAAGGAUUUUGAUACCUUGAUGUACACAUGUGCUGCAGAGUUUGACUUCAUGGAAAAAGAGACACCUUGGAGAUAUUUGAAGACUUUGUUACUUCCAGUAGUCCUCCUUGUGUUUUUCACCAUAUCCAUAAGGACAUUAAAAGAUCUUGUUCAAGCUUCCAAACAUAGAACACAUGUAGCAAGAGGACAUAAAAAUGAAAGUUUCCAAAGAGACAAUUCAAACAAUGGAGAGCUGGUGUAUCAUGCAUUGCAACUAAUAGCCUAUGCUGUUCUUGCUAUUUUAAUUAUGAGACUGAAGCUAUUUCUGACACCUCACAUGUGCAUAAUGGCUUCCUUGAUAUGUUCAAAACAGCUGUUUUGGUGGAUCUUCAACAGAGUGAAUUUUCGACUGUUUAUCUUCUCGCUAUUAGCAUGUAUGGCCAUUCAAGGUUUCACUAACCUUCAGAAUGAGUGGAACAUAAAAGGCGAGUUCAGCAAUUUACCUCAAGAAGAACUGUUAGAGUGGAUACAAGUUCACACAAAACCAAAUGCAGUAUUUGCUGGAGCAAUGCCUACAAUGGCAAGUAUUAAAUUAUCAACUGGCCGGCCCAUUGUGAAUCACCCACAUUACGAAGAUGCAGACUUAAGACUUUCUCAACGUGAUUCAGCAAGUGAACUGACAAAAUAUGACAGCUGCCAUACGUUCAUUUCUGAGGAAAAACUUGCAGAAAACAAAACUGCACAUCGUUUUUUCAAAGCUCCUCCUAAGAUUCCAGUGGUAUUUCAGGUUCCAGAUUUGGUUUGUGACUAUAUAGCCUAA